AUGUUCCGCCGGCUAGGAUUUACGAUACGCCGAGCUACUCGUGGAAUCCACACUGUUCCCAUUUUAAAAAAUCAGAGCCACUAUGCGAAAAACGGCAUUGAAGGUUUGUACUCGCCGGAAGGCUUCAAAACCGCUUGGCUCGAUUACCAGAAGUUUUUGACGACAAACCUCACGUUACAAACUGUGGGCACAGCCAACGAAACGAGAACAGCGUACUUCAUCUUGUUGAACACAGCAAAGCAGACCACAGAGCAGCACACUUUCCAUUACGCUUCUCAGGCCCAUAACAACCAUUUCUUCUUCCAGCAGCUAGGUGACAAGGAAGCAGUGAAGCACACCAGGCCGUCCAGAUUUAUCAUGGACCGUUUGGCGGACCAGGAUAUUCCUACUUUGGAGGAGUUCAAAAAUAGCAUGCUCAGGGAAGCGGAAAAGCUCAACGGCCAAGGUUGGGUUUUUUUGGUGGAGUUGCCUGAUAAGUCGAUGAAGAUUAUACGGUGCAACAACGACGGCACGCCAUACUUUUAUGGUAAGAACCAACUGUUGGACAUGAACGGUGCUGUUUCGGAAGAGAGCUUUGAUGCGUUGAAUGCGCUCAAGGAAAAAGGCAGAAACAAGGAGCUUGAUUUGACUUUGCCCCUUUUAGCGUUGAACGUGUGGGAUGUGUCCUACUUGACAGAUUAUGGCAUCACAGGCAAAACUGAAUACUUGUCGAAGGUAUGGGAUUGCAUCAAUUGGGAAGUUAUCAACAAGCGUUUGUUUGAGAUUUGA